UAUGUGUUGAGGUUUGGGAUGUUGACAGUCGCAGUAUUAGUUUGUGCAACAAACAGGGCCUGCCGAACAGCGUCGACUUCACUGCCUACCAAUGCCGAGACCGGACUGAGUGUGGAACUGGCGCCACUGGCGGGGUCAACAGCACCUUCACUGGUGUUGCCUAACGGCCCAACUACAGUAUCGGCACCAUACGCAUCCAGCAUGGGCCUUGUUUCUGAGCUGUGGGUUGGCCUUUGAGU